UGGAUAAAAUAAAAAUAUCAAACUCCAUGUCUGAAAACACUCUCUUUGUUGUCAAAGAAUCCUCCAUGUCUGAAAAUCCAUUGCAGCUUCUGUUCAAGACAUACGAGAAAGUAUCAAACUCUAUCCAAAUCCAACUUGCUCAAUUCAUAGGUGUAAUCCCAAAAGUUCCAUCAUCUCAUAAUAAUGAUCACCAUUCCUUCAAUGCGAUCUCUUCUUCACCUUCUUCCAAGAAUCAAACUGCUUCAACUAUGCCUCUUCAACAUAUUGAAUCAACCAAGAAGGAGAAAAGCUCUGGCCCAGUGACUAAAGAAGAGCUUGGAAGAGCUACUUGGACUUUUCUUCACACACUUGGAGCUCAGGUCAACUCACUUGUUCCUUUUUCCCAGUAUCCAGACAAGCCAACCAGACAACAAAGGAAGGAUGUGAAAGAACUGAUGGCAAUAUUAUCUCGCAUGUACCCUUGCAAUGAAUGUGCAGAUCACUUCAAAGAAGUUCUAAGAGCAAAUCCUGUACAAGCUGGAUCUCAAGCUGAAUUUUCACAAUGGUUAUGUCACGUGCACAAUGUUGUCAAUAGAAGUUUGAGCAAGGUUAAAUUUCCAUGUGACCGGGUUGAUGCUCGGUGGGGCAAGCUUGACUGUGAGCAGCGUGCAUGUGAUUUACAAGGGACUAAUAAGUUUUGGUUUUGGUCUUGACACAUAUUGAAGCUUAUAUUAGGAACAUGACAUACAAGAAAAGAUGAUCCCAGAUUUUGUUGUAUCAUUCAAACCUCCAAUCCAAGGAAACAAGAUGCAUAUUUUGACUUUGAGAGCAUUCAGUAUGUAUAAUAAUUUAUAGUACCUGGUGAAGCCUCUGUUCCCAGAGAAAUGUAAAUUUAUUUCUACAAUGCAAAGUGGCAUCUGUAUCUGUAUUGUUGAGUGCUGGUUAUAAACCUUUGAAAGCC